AUGACAAUCAUUCUGAUUCGGACGUAGGAAGAAGUUAUACGCAAUGAAUUUCAAAGAAAUAUUUUUAGUUUUAGCUAUAAGUGUAGCAAUUACUAUAACAAAUGCUGAAUAUGUUAGUUACGAUCAAUAUAAAGUAUACAAAAUAAUCCCCAGUUCAGAUACUGAGGUACAAAUACUACUAGAUGUACAAAAAUCAAAUCAAUAUUUAUUUUGGAGUGACAUUGUUGCUAAGAACAGUGAUGUUAGGAUUAUGGUGGCUCCAGCAAAACAAGUGGAAUUUGAAAAAUAUUUUGAAAGUGUAAAUAUUCCAAUGAGAGUUGUCAUUGAAGAUGUACAAAAGCUAAUCAACGAACAGAUGGAGCGCCCAGCAACCCGAAGUGCCAAGUAUGAAUGGAACUACUACUUAUCCCUAAAUGAAAUCUACGCUUGGAUCGACCAAGUCGUAGAAGAACAUGCUGAUGUAGCCAAAGCCGUCACUAUCGGCAACUCAGUAGAAGGCAGACCGAUCAGAGGAAUCAUAAUUGAUUUCAAAAAGCAAGUUAAUCCUAUCAUUGGUAUGAUUGAAGGUGGUAUUCACGCUAGAGAGUGGAUCUCACCUGCUACAGUGACCUAUAUCAUCAAUGAGUUCUUGACUAGCUCUGAUCCUGAAGUCAGGUUUAUGGCUGAAAACAUUGUAUGGCAUAUCUUCCCUGUUGUCAAUCCUGAUGGCUACGCGUAUACUUUUAGUGAUAACAGAAUGUGGAGAAAGAACAGAAGCAGGUUCAACCACACAUCUUGUGCCAUCUAUGGACUUUCUGACGACAUCAGUAAUGGAAUCGACUUGAACAGAAACUUUGGUUAUGUAUGGAUGUCCAUUGGAGCAUCAGACAUCCCAUGCGCCGAAACCUUUGCUGGCCACGUAGAAUUCUCAGAGCCUGAAUCCCGAGCCAUCGCGAACUAUGUCAACACCAUUAAGAAUGAGGGUCGUAUGAUGUACUACUUCGCUUUCCACUCGUACUCACAGAUGGUGCUGGUUCCUUACAGCCAUGUAGCUGGAGCGAAUGUGCUGGAAGCUCCCAAUUAUGCUGAUAUGUUUGAGAUUGCAGUCAGAGGAAUGGACAAACUGAAAGCUAAACACGGUACAGAAUACGAAGUGGGUACAUCAGCUGAAAUUCUGUACCCAGUAAGUGGAUCCAGCUUCGACUGGGUAAAAGGCGUAGCAGAAAUCCCCAUAGUCUACCUCUUCGAGCUUCGCGACGUUGGAGAAUUCGGCUUCCUCUUACCCCCAGCACGCAUCAUUCCUAACAACCAGGAGAUCAUGGCUGGACUGAUAGAAAUGGAGAAGGUGACUCGAGGAUUGGGAUACUAUGAUAUUGUCAGUGGUGGAGAGAGGGCCGUGGCCAGUUUCGUUUUGUUUGUUCUGGCUUUGUUUGUAGCUAUGUAAUUUUUGAUUAAAGUGUUUUUUACGAU